GUGGGAGGGGGUAGCCCAAACAACUGGGAAGAGGGGAAUUCAUUUAGAGAGCCAGAAACGUGUGCAAUGAAGCUUUGGGUUUUGGGGCAAAACCUGGCACGUGAGCGACUUCAGCACCAGACUUCACAAGGAAACAUCUACAGCUCCUGCUGUUCCCGUGUGAAGAGUGGGCUGGAGGUGUGUGUAGCUAAAAGUGGUCAUCUGCCGUAGGGAAAACCCAAUGUACGCUCUCUGUUUCAUCUCAUAGCGUAGUGAUAGUGCAGGCUUUUUAGUGGAUCCAACAAAAACUGGGGGAAAUUUCCAUCGUCGAAAGACUGUUCUCAUGGAAGGGUAUUGUGUAUUGAGUAUGUGUUCACAGUACUGUAGCAUUACUGAAUAAAAUAAUACAAAGUCAGAAUUUAUAUAACACCUAAAUACGUGGCAAAAGUUUAAAUGGAUUGAAAUAAAGUGUUUUCACCGUAUUGGAUUGAAGUGUGCCGAUAUUGCCGUAAUUAAAUGGGAAAGUCGAAGCAAUUCAUUUUGUCUUCACUCACUGAAAAUGUCAUCAAAGUUGAUAUUCUUACAUCCUAUUUUGAUUUUAAUGAAAACUCUUUUCCCGGUGGAAAACGGUCCUUUUACAACCUCUUUCAGACAGCUCAACUCAUAAUCUGAUGCAUUCAAUUACUGACCCGGCAUUUGCCAGAUCAGAAGACAAUUUUUUUUCCCCUUCAAUUUAAAUGAAAUGCUUUUUAUUUUUUUUUUCCUGUUUGUUUUUAAUAAUUUUAUAUCAGAAGUAGUUUGGGAUUAAUGAAGUUUCAAAUAUGGAGGUCUAAUAUCGCUGAAUAUCCUCGAGGAUGGCAGGCUCAGUCUGACUGCUCCUGGAAACUGAAAAUUGCGCUUUCCUGCCUUUAUGAGUCUUGUUUUUAGCAUCAGGUAUGAGGCAGAGCAGUUGCACUGCGGCAUGCUCUCACUUUAAAGGCUCUCAUCUCUCUCCUACCAGCCGGCCACGGGAGUUUUGUUAUCAAAAUGGAUGCAAAUGCGAUUAGACCCUUAAGCCCCGAUUUGGCAAGAUACUUAAACAUGUGCUUGGUUUUUAAACAUUAAGUUUAUUUCCAGUGAGUUGAGUGCCUUUAGAGGAAUGGCUAGGAUGGGUCAAAGCAGCCCAGGCAGAGCUGCCCCAGCCACAUGUGGGCAGCAAGACAGGUGAACAAGGAUUCAUAGCUGCGUCAUGGAGCAGGAAUAUUUUUAGGGGAGGUCAAAGGCACAGCAAAAACAAAAACAUAUCUGCCAAGUAUCUUCUCACUUGGAAAUCUUGGGUACUCAUGAUGAGGGGCCUGGAGCAUCUCCUGUAUGAGGAAAGGCUGAGAGACCUGGGACUGUUCAGACUGGAGAAGGGAAGGCUGAGAGGGGAUCUUAUCAGUGUUUAUAAAUACCAAAAGGGCCAGUGGUGCCUAGUGAUAGGACGAGGGGCAACAGGCACCAGGUAGGACACGGGAAGUUCCAUCUGAACAUGAGAAAUAACUUUACUGUAAGAGUGACAGCACACCAGCAUGGGCUGCCUAGAGACUGCUGUGGAGUGUCCUUCUGUGGAGAUACUAAAGACCUCUCUGGACCCUUCCCUGUGUGACCUGCUAUAGGGAGCCUGCUUUAGCAGGGGAUUGGGCUAGAUGAACCCCGGAGACCCCUUCCAACCCCUACUGUUCUGUGAUUUCAUACACGAGACACAAAACUGACAGAAAACAGAUAUCCAGCUUCUUGGCCUUGCUUUUGUUUUUGAGCGAGGAUGGGCACAGCUCUUAGUGCUUUGGGUAAAAGCAGUCAAACCACAGGUCAGGACUAUCUACUGGAGUUUGACCUAGUGGUGGUUGUGUCAGGGGAGGUGGAAAAGCCACCUGGGAGUUUGCAGUCCACGUUUCAAUGGCAUUUCUCCUGUUACGGGGCAGGAGGUGGGGAGAGAAAUAAAACCUUCAACGCAUUCUGUGAGACAUUUAGGAGCAGCAUUAAAAAGUCACCUAUGAGCCAGUUCUGUAUCUCACUUCCCCUCCCCUUUCCCUAUGCAGCUGCACCCUGCCCUCCUGCUGUUCCCCACCACACAAAGUCCCAUUAUACAGACUGCCCACCCGUCUGUCCUGCCUUCCCCUGUACCACCUCCCUGUGCUGGGCUUUAGACCUAUUCAUUAUGGGCUGUAUCCUUCCUACUCAAUAUGCUAUUGAACGUAUUUAAACCUUAAGUUGGUUUCCCUUAUUAAGCAGUUCAUCACUAUGUUGUGCCUUUUUUUUCCUUUUCUUUUGGCCUCUUUUUUUUUUUUUUUUUUUUUUUUUAACCACGAGAGGAGGAAGAAAUUUAUUCUUUUGACCAUAAAUCAUUUACAAAGCUGCUGGGCCGUUAAUGUAUUUUUUAUGGCUCGGCAAACAGAAAAUAGGAGCGAGUGUCUUAGCAGUGCUUUCCCGACCUGUUUUAAUUUCGGCUUCCCAGCCCUGACUCUGUUCCCCUGUCUCGGGAGCAGAUACAUUUCCCUUGCAGAGGCACUGGUGGAUACCUUCUCCCAAAGGAGGCCACUUUGCUGUGUCAGCAAUGUCACGUGCUGUUGCCAGCACUUGGCACCAAUCCGCAGCGCGUCACAUCUCUGCUGACUGGGCUGCGCUGGGAGAAUAUUAGCAGGGAAAAGGGAUGGGUUGGAGGGGACUCAAGGCUAUUUUUGCUUUUAGAUCCAGGGGAGAGCUCUAAUUAGACUCUCACUCAGGGAUAAACAAGUUAUGUACGUCUCUCUUCUCAUCCCAUGCAGCCUCACCCUGCACUUUGUAUGCUGUGGGCUCAGCUGGCCUCAGGUGUGGUGUAUAUAUCCAUGGGGAUGCUUUGGGGGGGUGUUCAGCACAGCGACUGGCUGUGGCAGCUUCCCAAAUGUUAAAGACAGGUUCCUAUAAGGUUUUGCAACCUGCUUUAGGAAAAUGAAGCCAAUUUAUGCCUUAGCUGCUCUCAGUCAUCUCUGUGCCUUCUCUUCUUUUUAGGAAACAUAGAUGCAAGUCUUUGCUGUAAAAGGUCCAUUUUUCUUUCUGAUGCGCUGUGGCAAGCAGCAAGAUGAUUAAGACAAGGGAUGUGGAAGGUUUAUGUUGGCGUCUGAGCGAGGUGAAUGGCAUGAUCUGCAGCUCAGUGCUGUUGUUGCUGGCUCUUGGCAAGUUAAAGCAGAGCCUCCCAUCUUAGAUGUGUUUGCGUGGACUUUUGACAAGUUUUUGUUCCCAAGUCUCUUUGGCUAAAGACUGCAGGCAGACAGCCCAUUGAGUAACUGGCCAUGGUCACUUAAAUUGCUCCCAUCCCUUAGACAUCCGUUGCCACUGAAUAAUGCCUCCGCUGUAGCAGUCAGCAGAACAGGACAGUGCAUCUGCAACACAGCUUUUCCCUUUCACAGCAAAGCAAGCUGUCCUGUCCUUCCACCUUCCUCAGCAGAUUAUGCUAAUUAAUGCCUGGCUGUGAGAUGGAGGCACAGCUUCCUUUCUGCUUUCGCUGCUUUUUGGACAAUAACCUUGUUCUGAGGGGCAAGGCAAACUGCGGAGGGUGAUUAUAUCCUAAGUUAAUGCAACAGGAUUUGCCGUCAGAAGACUAGGGGUGAAGAGGGAGGGACCGUGUUUGCUAGCCUCAGCUUUGUAGAAGACCAGGAAUAGCGAGGCACCUUUCUGUGCCCAGCUGGAAUUUCACUUUCCUCCUCGCCUGUGCCUGUGAUUUGGAAAAUGGUUCUCCAGGCAUCUCUGAACAACUUCAGGAGGGAAAGAAAUGCCUAGCUCCCUGUUGCAAGGGUACAACAACCAUGUUUUUACCUCUGCUAUGCUGCUUAGCUGUGGCUUUCAGCCAUCUGUAAGCAGAUUGCAGGCUCCUGGUUUGCCCACCUGAGUCCUGUGGGGGUGGGUGGAUGAGUCAUAGAUGUCUCCAGUGCUAGGCACAGCCAGCAAUGGGCUAAUCUGGCACCAAGUAGUCCCACAGAGCAUGCUGAAUUAGACUUUCCCACCCCUCCCCUCUCUCAAGUCAAGGGAGCGAUGAAUGAGCACUUGAGUGAGUUCCUGAUCCCUUCUGGGUCCCCUCUGGUCUUGCUCAUCUGCUAAGGCAAAAAAUUCCCCAACCUCAGUGGUGCAGCUGCUCCUUGAGUCCUCUGCAAAUGCUGUGGAUUCAAAGACUGCCAGCUCAGAUCACAGCAGUCUCUGUUUCCAGCCAAUGCCGCAUGCAUCGGAGGGAAGUGUUAAACCUUCCGUAAUGUACCUAAUUGUGCAACACUAUACCACGGAGAGGGGAUUAACAUAUGCCCCAGAGCACAGCGAUUGAUUAGUUUUAUCCUAGCUAAUGUCAUUGUAGAUGCUAUUUUUGUGCCUAUCAAUGUCCCUUCCUAUUUUUAUAGUCUUCCAAUAAUAUGGUGCUGGGGUUUUGUUGCUGUUUCUUUUUUAUGGCCAACUUGCAUGCAUCUGCAUCCUUGUCAGCAGAGAUGUAGGGCAGCCAUCCCAGUUAGCAGGAGCUGCAGAAGUGGCUCUCCCAUCAGCUCCAGGUGGGCUGGAUGGAGGCACAGAAGUGAAGGCAGUACGGGAAGCACAGCAGGAGCCCAGAACUGGAAUGGUUCGUUUGGGUCACUGGGCUCCUGACCCUGCUACUACCAGGGCAUUUGUAAACCAAAUUUGGGUUCUUGUUCCCACUUUAUCCCUGUUAGCUAACUGCUCUCGUGCUAUGCUGUCCUCACAGUUCAAAAACCUCUGUCAGAUUUCAGGUUCUAGGAUCUGCUGGAAGAGCACCAUUCAGUUACACGAAGAGCGUAGUGUAAUGCAGUCCCUGUGACAUGGAGAGCGCAGACACUCUUGGUUUCCCUGGUUCAGCAGUUCAGCACAUCUAUCUACGAAGGUCUAAAUCUGGGCAUACGAGGAUCUCACGCUAACAGCAGUCCUCUGAAGACACCUGGAGCCGAGCGACAGGGAUUCUGUGGCAGAAAUGAGGAAGGAAUCAAAUUCCUCGGUGAUUUUCAUCCGCAUGUUAUGAGAGCCUCUUUUUUUUCCCCAUUAAAGCUAGCCCAGCUCCUCUGACAAAGACACGGGAGCAAAAUGACACUGUUCUUUAAGUAUGCAUUGCUGAAAGCUUUCCUACCCUUUCUGGUUUUGUCCAACUUUCAUCUUCGCUUUAUGGCUGCAGAUUGGGGAGGUCAGGGGCAGAGAGAUGUGCUCCAUGUUGCAUCAAUCAGACAGCUGUUUGAAAUCCUCCUCCCAGCUGGCCUGCAGAGAAAGACUGAUUUCUAAAAGGGAGAUGGCAGUGGUGGUAGUGAUUGCUGUUUGCAAGGCUAACAGCUGAGACCAGAGCAGGGUGGGUCAGCAGCACGCCUCACUGUCAUCUUUUUGUCUGGCGCAGAUGAGAUUAUAAAUGAUAAGGGAGAGGGGUCAGUGUCAUCAGCACAGAUUUACAGGUAGCCAAUGUCCCUGAUCAGCUGGUGGAGUGCUCAGUGAGAAACACUAUGGGGCUCAAGUUCAAGACCUUGACACUGUGAUUUCUCCCUGGAUUAGUACCUGCUUGCCCGCAUAUUCUGCUAGCUGAGCAGCAAUCCUAAGAUUCUUCUUUCUGGAGUAAAUUGGAUCUGUUUACCUGGGAAACUCUGUGCCAGAGAGAUGGUGAGAUACCAGCAGUUGUGUCUGAUGGUUUUUCUAGCGAUAAAGGAGCUUAGAGGUUUACUUGGCUUUUGACUUGCAUUUAACACUGUAUAGGCCUAAGAGGAAAUGUUGGUCCCUGUGUUGAUUUAACACGUCACAGGGCUUUUGACCUAAAACCAGGCUAGAUGUAAUAGUUUUCCUGCUGUUUGUCCCAGGCUGUCCUGCAGAGCCAGCAAAGGUAAGGAGGGAAAGAGAUGGAAAUUAUUUUGCAUCAUGCACUGUUGGUUUACUAUCAACUGUGAGCCAGAAAGAACCAGCAGGAGCCUUGGUUUGGGAUGUUGCUCCCGUCCACAUAAAAGGAAUGAGCUUAUCUCAGUAGAUUCUUAGUCUGGUGGCUGAAAUAAUCCAACUUUGCUGUUGGGAGUGGUUUAGUCGGUGUUGUUUCUUGAGGAGGAGCUGUAUCAGGAUGUCUCUGUCCUUUUGAAAGAAGAAUUGUAUUUUCUGAGUGUCCUCAGUAUCUCUAGAUAGGCUCCUCAUAACGUCUGUAUAACGUGUGCCCACAAACUUCCUGGAAAAGUUUGUGUUACAGCACAUUAGCAUGGUGGUACAAUCUACUGUGAAGGUGUGCAUCUGUCCCAGCCACCUGUCCUGCUCACUGACAUUGAAGGCUCUUUUUUUCUGAAGUGGAAUUUCCCUAGUGAGCUGGAAAUGACUCAGGAUAGCUGGGCAUUAACUCAGAUCUGUCCUUCUUUGGAGUGGCUGGUGAUGCUGGUUCCGCAAGCAAGUGGAACAAUAUUCUCAGAGCUUGCAACUGUGGAUUGAAUGGUUGCUGCACAAGAAGGUCCUAAGACAGAAGUGCUCCCUUCACUCUGUUACUGUCCCUCCAGCAGCGAGUCACACCUUCCUGGGCUGGGGCUUUUGCUGCUGCUCAGCAUGUUGAGUCAGCAAUGUUCCUUGAGGUGGGAGACGUUCCUUCAGCACAGCAGGAAGCUUUGGUCCCAAACUCAGAGAUGUGAGGUAGGCCAAAGGCACAGUGACUUGUGUCUUCCUUUCAUCUCAGGAAAAAGACUGCUCUGCAGUUUCUCCUUCUGUUGCCUGCAGUUGCCAGAUUGAACGUUGUGUUCCUAGCCUGCUCUUGAAACUUUUGAGCGACCUCAUCUUUGCCUCUCUAACGAGGGACUCAAAAUGUCAUGCUGCCAUAGGCAUCGUUCCCAGCACACAACAGGACUGCUAAUUGCACAGGGAUAGGGAGAGCCAUUCCUGGCUUUUGCCUGCGAGCUGGUAGCUUGAAGCUUUAUUCUCGUUCUCCCCCCAGCCACAUGCAUUUCAGCACAUCUUCCCUGAAGGUUUGGAGAGGUUGAAUUCAUGAAGGUGAGACAUUUCUUCAUCUCUUUCACACCUCUUUUCCCUUCUGGCCACUUGCUUCCCUGGCUUGCCAGCACUGCAGAGUGAACCUGUCCCUUGUCCUCUGUGUUUGCAAAGUCAUCCCAGCCCAGCCUCCUACAACUCUGGGUUUCAUGAGGUUGCUGCUAGCAGGUUACAGAUACUGCUGAUUUGCCAACAGUUUUUGAGGGUAGGUACAAAGCAAACAGCAUUCUCUAGCAGGCAAGGCAGCAUCUUGACUUCCACUGUAUGAAUGACCUUCCAAAGAAACCACCAUUUUUCUGUGGUCUUAAAAUAAAGCAGGGAAAGGCCCUCUCUCUGCACCGUACUCCAACCAUACUCCAACCUGUUUAGAGGUACCCAGUUAUCACGCUGAGCGUGGUGCAGUAAAGGGGGAGAUGCCCUUAGCACAGCUUCAACAGAAUAACCACAGUGCUUCUUCAAGGAACAGCCUCUCAGGCCCUUGUGGUCCGUGACCAUCUGACAACAUUGUGAUAUCAACUGGUAAUGGUGCAUCAGCUACUCAUAUCAUAGACUCUGCUAUUGAUGUGAUGUUGGUGGAAGACCUCGUUUUGCUCGCUGGGGUGUCAGCUGAGUUGAUUUCCUGAUCCUGAUGAUCUCUGGCAGAGAGGUUCGGCAGUGAGGGCCCAUUUUUAGUCAUCUUAGUAUGAAUCAAAGUGCUAAGAUGUUCCCAUGCCUUUGAUCUUCGCUCUGUCUGGUAUGUGCUGAAGCAUUUCAGGCUUGCAACUGUUCUCCGGGAGGUAGCAAAUGUGGUGCAUCAGUCUUUUCCUCACACAUUUCCUCAGGGAAGGAAACACUGGCUGUGUCUGGGCCCUACACUGUUGUGUCGUGUUGUAUGAACUGCCUACAUGAGCUCCAUGGAUACUGGGGAGUUGCACUACUUGGGAAAGCUAUAUGGCCCCAUCAAAAAUGAAAUCAGAGUUUAUCCGUUGCCACAAUAAGUACUAGAUCCUAGAAAAAAAUGAAGAAACUCUAAGAGCAUCUGCAGCCAAAACAUCGUUCUUCUGGCUGGCUCCCUGAUAGAUGGGGGACACAAAAAUGGAGCAUUUGUUCUAAUUAAUGAUGGGAGCUCAGAGCAUCGGGCUCAAAUGAGAAAGCUGUGUGUAGAAUCAAGCUCAGGUCAAAGUGCUCUACGAAGAGGAAGGGCCAACCCCUCCUUCUGCUGAUGGCAGUGUACCCUCCUUUGCCUCUAGGCGUGCUGCUUACGGAGAUGCUUAAUUACUAAGUAAGGAGGAGACUGCACAUACAGGAGAGGGUGUAAUGGCCAUCAUUAUCUAGCACUAGGAGAAGAAUGACUUGGUGGUGACUGGUUCUUUUUGCCUCUCACAAUUUCUCUGAAUGCUUACAAAAGAUCAAGAUAAUAUACCUUGGCAGAAGGGGACCUUUUACAACAUCCUUUGCUUGUUUUUUUUUCCUCACCUCUUAUGUGUAAUUGGAUGUACUAGACAGGGCUGUAUAUGUGUGCUUAUAUCUAUAUUUGCGUUUAUACCUAUCCAGGGGAAUUUAAGCCUUCAUUCCUUAGGCUGCACUGAAGAACCUUCAUCCCAAUACUUAUGCUAAUUUGAAAUCUCUUCCUCCCUUUCUCCCUUGCCUUCUUCCUUUUACAUUAAUGCAAAACCACAUUUUUGCAACUCCUAAUUUUGGAAUGUUUAAAUAUGUAAUGUUUGGUUCAGUUUUCCUCCUAGGUGCCUUCCUGGGCAUAGUGGCUGAUGUGUAUGUGCCUUUGUGUGCAGCCACCUGUGUUUUGGGCCACGAGUAUUGGUGUGGAAGGACGCUGUCACAAAGAUCCCUGCAUAGAUGGACAAGUGCGUGUGUAACCACAUUACAUUUUCUAAUAGUCUGAGCUGUAAAGAAAGAUGCUGUAGCCCCCGAAGAGGAUUUGAUCUUUGCUCUUUUAGCUGUCUUCCUGGGAGAGGAGCUGUGCUUCAGUAAUGGCCCUCCGGUGCUGUGUUAACGCACCAGCCUACCUCCCUGUUUAUGCUGGUGGAAGAGGACGUUGCCUGCAUUUGGUCUCCUGCUUCCCCUGUCGCCUUGGUUAAGCGUACUUGUCAGAAGCAGUUGUGUAUGUUUUCCCCAGCUGUAGCCCUGCAGGUGCCACUUAGCUUAACAAAAUGAGUCCUUGUCUUUAAGUGCUGCCUGCCUUGUGUGCAUCCUGGGCCAAAGAGCAGCUGACAGGCAAAGGCAAGUCUACGGAGCUGGCUUGCCCAAUGCUUUAAUAAGGCAGGGACAGGAGAGUGUGAUGUGUUGCAAGAGCGCACAUCUUGCAUGCCCAGCCUCAAAGCCAUUCCUUGGAAGGAGAAAUGGACAGAGACCUCAGCUGUUUCUUACUGCCCUUUCACUCCGUGACAUUCAGAUAGAAAGGGUUGCUGUAGUGCUUUGAAGUGGUGGGAAAAUUAUGGUGACUGAAGGGUGCUACGAGGCGAGAGUAGAGCCCUGGAAGAGAACAGGGUUCAUAAGCAGAUUUGGAUAUUCUCAAAUGUAUUGAGAAUUAUUUUGACAGUGAAUAAAUUAUGCAUGCUCUAUUUUAGUAUUUUUAUGAUUCUGUUUGCAAUCAACUAAUCACAAAUAUUUGGAACACUGAAAGAGUGGUUAGGUAUGAAAAUCACAUCAUCUUGGUGAUUGAGUGAUUGAUGAGACUAAGCCUGCAGUGCAAAUUGUAAAAUCAAACUUUUCCAGAAUAUUUGCCAUUAGUGAAUACUCACACUGAAGUAUUACUUUUCCUGACUUACAACUAUUUGAAUAUCUGGAAUAUUUGAGUAUUUCUUGGAGAGGAAUAAGCUAUGGGGCUGAAGAACACAUUUUGCUAUUCCAAAUCCAAUGAGAAGUUGAGGGCAGAUCACAGGAAACAUUUCAUAACAUCCACAGUGAAGGUGGUAGAAGAGCUUUCUGCUCCAUGUUAGAGAGUUUAAUCCAAUUAAAUGUCCAAAUCAGUGUGGCUCUCUGCACAGUUUAGCACAUGGAUGGUGGCAGGAAUGGAGGAGUAGUCGUGACAAGAUAACCUUCCACAUCAGGCUUGAAGACAAGAAGAUCUCUUGUCAAACUAAUAUUCAUUAAGAGAUAUCUCACUUCUGGUUUAUGGGCUACUGCAACUGCCUGGCCAGCCAUAGUAAGGAGCUCAAGAACCCCAAACCACUCCCACUCUAUUGGCCACAGAAGCAACUGGAAGGCAGAUGCCUUGUAAUAAAAGUCAUGUUUAUUACUGGCCUUUCAAAUUAUUUACUUCCGCUUGCUGCUGACAGCCCUUCAUAGGAGAUUGAUGGAUUAAACUUUCACCAGCUGUUCUGUGUCCAGGCACAUCAUUCUGUUAGAUUUUAGGACCCGAGCUAAACUGUUUUGCUAAGACUUUCCAAAGUGCUGCCUAUUUUUAAACAUGUUCCAAGCUUGUGAGAAAAAUCAGCUUUUAUUUUUUUCCUGCCAAGUAAGGAACUCAUGAAUCAAUUUAAAGUGGCAUUUUGUUUGGUUCUGUUUUAAAGCAUUUCUGAGUCUCUCAGAACUACCUGCGAUUUUGGAGAAAGCAGUCAGGGAGGAAGGAAAGUGUGUAGGAAUUGGGAAGUGUGGAGGAGGUUGUUGAUGGUAUGGAAGAUCCUCGUGUAUUGCAGUUUCAGAGCAGUCAGUCCAAAUCGAGGAACUCAUCAUAGGCUACUCAAGUGCUACUCACUUUGGAUCCAUAGAGUCUGAAGCUCUGUUCUUCCAGGCUCUGAGGUCCCCACCACUCCAUCAGGCAGGCUGGAAAGAAUCCCAGCAGAUGUGUGUCAGAGAUCUCUCAGCUUUUUCUCAGCCUGGUGAGUUUCUUCAGGGCUCAGCUGGAACCAUAUUCUCAAGGAGCAUUUCACCAAGAAGAGACAAGCAAGAGACAAGAACCAUCCACAGACUACACCCAGAUGUUAGCAAUAUUCUGAUAUUGCCUUGGAGCUUGAAAGCUCCUUACCAUCUCCUCCAGCAGUCUCCCACAUGCACUGGAGACAGCAAGCUAGCAAACUAGGAAAAAAAAAAGAGAGAGAUGUCAUCCGAAGUCAACAUUCUGAUCUUGUGCAAAAAAGUGCUUUAAACAAUUUUGGUGCUACUCACUGCAGCCUUCAGCUUCUGCACUGGAAAGCUGGGACUCAUCAGGCUUUGUGUCCCGUCCACCCUGUGUGGAAUGCAAAGAAAUGAAGAAUGGAAAUGAUGGAAUAUGAAGGAGAUUGGAUCAGAUCCUCCAUAAUCAGUAGUCAUUUUUCACUAGCUAGGAAUAAACACAUGCUCUGAAAAGAUUUUGAUUUUUAACCUUUGAAAUUAAAAAAUAACAAUGAAGUGUUUCUGUCCAUGUUGGACUUCAUAAGGAAGAGAAGUUGGGCGAGAACUGCAUUUCUUCUUUAAAUAAUAGGCAUUCUCUCUUCUUACCCUUUGGUGAAGCCUUUCAGAGUGUGCUUUCCUUUUCUGUUUCAGUGAUGUUAAAUAUCAUUAAGAUUGAUGAGUCUGAAAACAUAUUUCAUUAUCUCCUAAAUACAGCUUGGCUGCUCUUACAGCUCUUUCCCUGUCUCCAAAACAGAGUCUGAUGUUCUCAGAGGCUCUGAAAUGAGAAUGCUCUUACUUAAAAGCAACGCCUAGCUGCAUCUGCCUCUGGAAGAUGUCUGCAUGAGAGCAGCCUGAUCUGCUGGGGGAGGAAUAUAACUCUCUAGCUUGCAGUAAUUGGCAUGGUGUGUCCUCUGGAGGUGUCAGUCAGUUCAGGGAGUAUCCAAGUUGCCCGAGGCCAGACAGCAGUAUUGCCCUGCACCUUCACCACUAAUGCUGCUCUCACUAACCUUAAUGUCAUAUGGAUGGUCACUCCUCUUUCUAACGCCAACCAGCCUGAACAGGUUAUUCUCUACCAAGGAGGUCAGAUCUUUGGUGGUGCACCCCAAUUCUAUGGGCGAGUGGGGUUUGCUGUGACAAUGCCAACCACCAGUGCCUCCAUCUUCAUCAACAACACGCAGCUAUCAGACACUGGCACAUACCAGUGUUUGGUCAACAAUCUUCCUGAUCGAGGCAGCAGGAAUAUUGGAGUCAUCGGACUCACUGUCUUGGUUCCUCCUUCCGCCCCGCUUUGCAGAAUCCAAGGGUCCUUGGAAGUGGGCAGCGAUAUCACACUGACCUGCAGCUCGGAAGAAGGCAUCCCCCGGCCAACAUACCUCUGGGAGAAACUGGACAAUGUUCCCAAGUUGCCCCCAACUGCCACACAAGACCAAGUCCAGGGCACUGUCACUCUCCGAAAUAUCAGCACUGUGUCCUCAGGUCUUUACCAAUGCGUGGCUUCAAAUGCCAUUGGAACCAGCACUUGCCUUCUGGACCUGCAAGUCAUUGCACCCCACCCCUGGAGCAUUGGCCUGAUUGCUGGAGCAGUGGCCACAGGUGCUGUCGUGCUUAUUGUCUGCGUUGUGUUGGUGGCCAUAGCACUGUUUUACUGGAAAAAUAAACACAAAGAAGAAGAAGAAGAGGAGAUUCCCAAUGAGAUAAGGGAGGAUGACCUGCCACCCAAAUGCUCCUCCACCACCAAGACAUUCCACGCUGAUGCAUCCUCAUCGGAGAAUGACACCCUCACUUCCUCCAACACCUACAACAGCCGCUAUUGGAAUGAUCCCAAGGCCAAUCACGCCACAGACUCCUUCACCCGCUUCAGCAACAGUAAUGACGCCCGCCAGCCACCCUUCUCCCGCUCGGGGAGCACAAGCGCUCGUCCUGUCUACGCCAAUGGUGGCCACCCCUCCCCAGCUGCCCCUAAGACGCUGGUGGUGACAGCCAGCACAGCACCAUCCCCACAGGAGGUGGCCCGGAGCAACGGCUCAGUCAGCAGGAAGCCUCGGCUUCCGCACACCCGCUCCUAUGCCGUCAGCCAGGCCACACUGGAGCGGAUUGGGGCUGUUCCUGUCAUGGUGCCAGCCCAGAGCCGUGCUGGCUCACUUGUGUAGGGGCACGUUGGCGGCUGAGAGCUGAGCAAGGGCCUUGUGUACCAGGGGAGUGAAGACAUGGCUGAGAGACCCUACUCCUUCCUGAAAGGCAGUGAGGUGGAAGUUGACCUCCCAAGGCUGCUGCCAGCCACUGGGGCAGCUUCAGCCAUGCUGCAGUGCCCCCCAGCUGUCGGGGCUCCACCAUGGACGCCACAGAUGUGCCAAGGUCACAGGGCAUCGGGGGCCCUCCCUGGCUGCUGGGUCCUGGCUGGGACCCCCUCCCAGCCUAGCCUCAGGGCUUUCGCUUUUGUUUCCGGUUUGUUUUGUUGGGGGUCAUUUCUGUUCAUUUGGGUCUUUCAGGGAGGUUUGGGAAGAUAUAUAUUUUUCUGUUGUUGUUGCUGUUUUAUUUCUAAGAGGAUAACGACCAGUGUGGGGCAGGGAAGGCCAAGAGGGGAGGGGUGCCAGGCGAGGUACACCUUGUCAUGGAGGCUGUGACCCCUUCUCUGCCUCCCCGGCCCUACUGCUGGAUGAAGAAGAUUGUUGGGAUGGGGACAGCCAUGAAGAGGCACCGGCCAAGCUGGAGGGGCAAGUUGGCAGUACAGCUACCAGCCAAAUGGAUUGGAAGGCCGGGCAAGGACAUGGGCCAGGGAGUGUUUCUCUUUAUUUAUUUUUUUGCUGUUCUUCCCCUCAACUCUGACACACACAUACACACACACACACUCACACUCACACACUCAUGCACGCACAGGUACUCCUCAGGUUGGGUGUUUUUCAGCUGCUGCCAGAGCCCUGUUCAUGGCUGUGGAGAGUGCUGCCGUCUGGGCCUCUGUCCCUGAGGAGCUCUGUGCAAAGCAAGGGCACAUUGCUGGUACAGGCCCCAUGGCUUUUAUUUGGUGUUGCUGGGGUUAUUCUGGAGGCAGAGUCCUGAGCAGAGCCUGCUGCACCUGGGCUGCUUUUAUGUGGGGUGAGGGGCUUCGGACCUCACAGCUCUGGUGUUUGCAUGGUGGGUUUUCCUUAUUGGUCUGCCUAGAGGGCUUCCCUGCACAGCAGGACAUGUUUGCUUGGGGCCCUCACACAGAGACACCAUAGUUUUCAUUCCCCCUCUCCCACACAUGCAAACUUCCCAGAUGCUGAGUUUGGCAGGGUUUAUUUCCAAAUCUUUUUCCUUAGAAAGAGUAAAAGCAGGGACUCAGUGGAGGAUGUAACUCUGUGGAAGCCCAUGUGCUGUUGCUCUGCCUCCCCUACUUCCCACACUGGUACUUAUGGCACCUGCUGAUGGCUCGGCCAUCUCCUUACAGCCAGGGGGUGACUGUGGCUGGCACCUGUCCUUUUACUUCUUCUAUUGCAACUAAAUAGCCUUAAUCAAAGCCAAGAGUUGAAACCGCUCAAGGGACCUGAUGCCAUUGGAGGAAUGGACUAAGGGCUUGGACUUUUCCUCCUGAGAGAGCCCUGGCUCAGCAGAGCCAUGCCUGGAUAUGGGUAUCCCCAGCCUCCUGCGUAACACCAAACCUUGCACUUAGAAAGGCAGUGGUCACCUCCGAAACUACCGAAGACCUCCCAGAUCAGAUCUGCUCUUGGAAAAAGCAAUGUGAGUGCUCACAGGCAAAUUUCUGUAGCUCUCACAUUGGAAAAGGGUCACUUUAAGCCAAGAGACUUCCUCAUCCCCUUUUCCUUGUCCCAGCACGGCUUUACUUUCCUUAGCAGUGCACAAACCUUGGGCAGCGCCUUCUGCCUGAGCUGUACCUUUCAAAUGCAAGCACAUCCUCUGAGAAGGAGGGGAAGAGUUGAAAGUUCUCACAUGAACACACUUGCUUUUGGGGAGGUUGUGAGCUCCUGGGCAGCAGUAGGCUUGAAGCUUGGCUGAGAUUUUGUGCCUUCUUUGCUUAAAAUAAAGGAAAAAAAGAAAAAGAAAAA